CCCUCAACUCCCUGUCCCCACCCUGGUUUAAACCCAUUGUCAUCACUUGCCUAAAACCAAUCAGCUGUCCAAGGCUCUCCCCUGCUUCUGCGUCAGGCAGUGUUUGAAGAAGAGGUGCAGAGAGAAACGUAGGCAGGGAAGGAGGCAGUACUUGUGUGCAUGCCUUAGAGCUGAUUUUGCUGCAAGAGACAGAAGCAUAAGCAGAUCAAGACCUCUCAUCUGAAAUACACGAAAGAUCCGAGAAGAACCGUAACUUGUAACGUUUUACUUGGUGCUACUCUGGUUCCUUGGACAGAUUGUUCCUUCUAAGUUACAUCCUCACAUGUAGAAACACCUCCAGGGCUGGAGAAAAGAGUAGCUAAGGUCAAUCAUCUCUUCAAGUACUUCAAUCUGAGAUUCAACAUUUUCCAGGCAAAAAAAGUCAUUUACUAAAACAGAAGAAAUCCGGGGGGGUCAAAAGUUAUAUAACAUUGUAUACUAUAGUUUGCUUUAUAACUCCAGCAAACCACUGUAAACCUUCAAGGCAGAACAUUUGGGUGCAUUACAUUAAUACUGUAAGCAAGAGAAGAGUCUUUACAGUCAUCCCAGAGGACACGUAAACAGUGCAAAACACAGCCAUAAAUUAACUGCAAAGGAAACUCUAAAUACUCUCACAAGUUGCACGAUGUCACGCUGGGGACGCAAGAAUGUCAAAAAGGCCCCGGAGGUGAUUAGGACAGUGACCGAGGGCCUUAAGUCACUCUAUCGAAAGAAACUCCUGCCUCUGGAGCAGUACUACUGCUUCCAUGACUUCCACUCACCGAGUCUGGAGGACGCUGACUUUGACAACAAACCUAUGGUGCUAGUGGUUGGACAGUACUCCACAGGAAAGACCACCUUCAUCAAGUAUCUGCUGGAACAGGACGUCCCAGGGAGUCGUAUAGGGCCGGAGCCCACCACUGACUGCUUCACCGCUAUCAUGCAUGGAGACGUGGAGGGGCUCAUUCCUGGAAACGCCCUCAUAGUGGAUCCCAACAAACCCUUCCGCAAGCUCAACCCCUUUGGAAACACCUUCCUCAACAGAUUCCAGUGUGCUCAGCUGCCCAACCAGGUCCUGGAGAGCAUCAGCAUCAUUGACACCCCAGGCAUCCUGUCCGGGGCCAAACAGAGAGUGAGUCGAGGAUAUGACUUCCCAGCAGUUCUCCGCUGGUUUGCUGAGCGUGUGGACCGGAUCAUUCUUCUCUUUGAUGCCCACAAGUUGGAGAUCUCGGAUGAAUUCUCAGAGGCAAUCGGGGCCCUCAAGGGCAAUGAAGACAAACUCCGUGUUGUGCUGAACAAGGCUGAUAUGAUUGAUACCCAGCAGCUCAUGCGAGUGUAUGGAGCUUUAAUGUGGUCUCUGGGGAAAGUGUUUGGUACUCCUGAAGUUCUGAGAGUCUACAUCGGGUCCUUCUGGUCUGAACCUCUUAUGGUGACCGACAAUCGCAAGCUGUUUGAGUUGGAGGAGGAAGAUCUGUUUGCUGAUAUCCAGAAUCUGCCACGCAACGCAGCCCUACGCAAACUUAAUGACUUGGUCAAGAGGGCUCGUCUUGUGAGGGUACAUGCCCAUAUCAUGAGUUACUUGAAGCAAGAGAUGCCAUCUGUCUUCAGGAAGGACAAUAAAAAGAAGAACCUGAUCUACCAGCUCCCGGUCAUCUUCUCCAAGAUUCAGCUACAGCAUCAUAUCUCUCCAGGAGACUUCCCUGAUUGUUCCAAGAUGCAGGAGCAACUAAUGGCACAUGACUUCUCCAAGUUUAAAGCCCUGAAGCCCAACCUGAUGGCUAUGCUGGAUGAGCUGCUGUCUAACGACAUUGCCAAACUGAUGCCCCUUCUUAGGCAAGAAGAAAUAGAGGCUGGGGUCCAGCUUGGGGUCCAAGGUGGGGCCUUCUUGGGAACACGUGCUGGACCCUUUAUGGAAGGGGACCCCUUUGGCGAGAACGCGGAUCAAAAUGGUGAGGUGGGUGAGGAAGAUGAGGAAUGGGUGGUGACAAAGGACAAGCCCAAGUAUGACGAGAUCUUCUACAACCUAGCACCAAACGAAGGCAAACUAAGUGGCACCAAAGCCAAAGAUUGGAUGGUGAGCACACGGCUGCCCAACUCCGUGCUGGGCCGCAUCUGGAAGCUCUCGGAUGUGGAUCGUGACGGCAUGCUGGAUGACGAAGAGUUUGCCCUGGCCAGCCACCUGAUUGAGGUGAAACUGGAUGGCCAUGGGCUGCCCCCUGAGUUGCCUGCCCGUCUCGUGCCACCAUCCAAGCGCCGACAAAAAGGCUCUGAUGCUUAGACAAUGCAGCAAUGCACCCACGAUCAACUGAUCCUUUUCCGCACUUCCAGCAUGUUGUCCAGCUCCACAGCUGCUGCAAUGCAUCUCCGUUCACUGUAUUUUGGUGCCUUUUUGUACUUUGGUAAUUUUGUAACAUGCAAUUAAUGUCUUGCUAUGUAUUCUUGGUUCAAAUGCAAUAAUGCAAAGAUUCCCAGCUGGAAGCCAAAGAGAAUUGUGAUAAACCAAAGACUGGUCUCAGUAAUUUGGAAGGAAUGUCGCAUCUGUUGCCAUUUUUUUCCUGACGGUAAAAUCAUAUGAUAUCACAUCCAGAAAUGCUUUACACAUGACUCAGUUCAUAGAACUUACAAUGGCUCCUGUACUAAGGGAUAGCAAAUAAACUCUUGCAGAUAACAGACAUUCAUUUUUAUCAUUUAGCGUAGAAAUCUAUAGACUUGGCUUUACACGCUUUCCGUUUGGCUUUUAAUGUUUUUAACAAAAUGAGAAUGUGAAGUCAAGGCAAACACUCAAAACUCUGAAACUGCUUUGAAAGAAGACAUGAGGAGGCAAGUUAAAAGUUUGUUUUUAGAAUCAGUUUACUAGAAUGUUGCUGUCUUUGCCUUUAAAUUUGAAAAAGAAAUAUGCUUUAUAUGUGAUCAGUUUUAUUGUUUUCCUUUUUUUGUAUUGACUGAGCUCUAUGCAUACUAUGAAAGACUGUCACAAGAUAUAUAUAUAUAAAAUCAAUGUCAUACAUGUUAAAGCAAAAUGUGGAGAUUUCUUACUGACUACUGUAAACAGUUCCACUGAAUGCUUCAGUUAACCAAUGUUUUCACAGUAAAUAUAUUGAGCUGAAUAAAGACCCUUUGACUUGUA